UACUGUUCCACCUUGAAGUAGCCGUGCAAAAUGUGCAUCCAAUUGAGCUCUUUAAGGGCGGAAGAGCGGAGAAUGCCAGCCGAAGCGGAUGAUAACCAUGAAUGCCAUUUCGACGGCGGCAGCGACUGAGCUCCGCCUCAAAUACGUGCUCUCAAACAGCGGUGGACCAUUGGGGCGAUGGUCUACCCAUUACAAGUUCUACUGUAGCAAUCGUGCACGGCAGCAUGUCGCAGGGCUCGGAAAGCCCCGCGAAGCUGGCGCGAAUGGACUUGCCCAGCGGAUAUAGCCCAGGCCAUCGGGUGACUACGUUUUUGUAUGGGGAUUAUACCUCGUCCAUUUGGUUUUCCAGCCUGCUAGACGGACCUGAAAAUGGCGACACUCCGAAGCGUUGGGUCGCUCCGCAGCAUCGGCUCCAUUCGAAGUGUGGGGUCAAUGCACACUAUUUCGGAGGACUACGCGACGCUGGCCACGCCCGUGUCCGAGUCUGCCAGCAGCACGUCGUUAGAGGAGGGUGUGGACAUCGCCGUGCCCGUAGACCAAGUGCAGCUCACAGAUGAAGCUGCUAGUGUCGGCUCAACUGCAGUCGCUCCAGAGCAGACCUCGAGCAGUACAAGCACAUACAUCCCCAUUAUGAUGAGUGUCGCCAUCGGUGCGUACCUUGGCGUAGGCGUACGUGUGCUACUCACCGAGUUCGCCGACGUCAUGUACGCGAGUCAGACAGAGCUGUUGGAGCUGCUGGGCUUCGGCUUCUUCCUGCCAAAUGCGGUCGGCUGCUUCGUCAUGGGAAUCGCGACCAGGAUCAAACCGGUACUACGUGGCCAAUAUGAAGUGCUGCUGACUGGGGUUACUACGGGUUUCUGUGGUAGCUGCACUACUUUCGCUAGCUGGGAUCUCGGUGCGGCACUCAUGUUCGUCCGCGGUCACUGGCUGAAUGCUCUCUUGAUGCUGUGUAUACAAGUAGCGACCGCGAUCACGAGCCUUCGACUGGGCGUGCAUGCCGCCGAAGGUAUUGUGCACUACUUGACGUUUCAAGAGUACCCCUUCCGUAAACCGCCGGUUAACCUCGGUCAGCUCAAUCUAGACCUGGAAAGGAAUAUUAACCACUUCCGGGAUAUCAAAAUGCACACGUUUGGACCGCUAGUUGCACGACGAGUGCAUGCGACGGAGGAAUCGUUGGCUGUGGCUCGAGACUCGUGCAACGAGCUGAUGGCGGAAAUCACCCAAGUGGAGCACGAACAGCACCCGGUUCACCAUCAUAACACGGUCUGGGUGGUGGCAGCACUGUUAUUGACGGCGUUUUUCUGGGUCUUGGCGUUCUGUGGCUUUGACAACUACCCGAGUUCGAGACUGCUGGCGCUCUGCUUUGGUCCUUUCGGUGCGCUGCUGCGCUGGUAUUUGUCGCUGUACAAUAGCAAUCCAGUGUGCAAACGGUUCCCGUUCUUCACUUUCGCUCCGAAUGUGGCUGCAUCAUGUUUGAGCUGCGCUAUGGAGAUCGUUGGCAGCGUCGUGUAUCAGGACAGUGCGUCCGCAUACAGAGAUUUCGUGAUGUGGGGCCAAGGAGGCGUCAUGGUUGGGUUCUUGGGCUCACUUUCCACCGUGUCGACUUGGGUUAAUGAGUUAGAUACCCUCUCUUCCAAGCGCUUGUAUUGGGCCUACCGCUACGGCCUGAUUAGCGUUAUUAUCUCGCAGCUCGCGAGUGUUUUUAUUCUUGGUAUGUACGACGCGUACGGCAGCGACCCACUCAUUGGAUAAUGCUGCUGAUUUAUGUAGUUAGUGUCAAGCCUGUCACGUGACCAAUAUACGUGAAGCAAUUCCGUAAAUGGAGAAUGCAUCCUUAUCGGCUUAUACCAACCUUCAACUACCAAUUCGAUGGUCAAGAGUUCAUGGUAAACAUCGAUCGCAUGAUAGCGUCGGUAUCGUCUUGAAGCUGGGACGACAACUCAUAGUCACGAAUCUCAGCUUGCAUCGAUCUGGGAGACGUUUCUCGAAUAGCUUGCAAUGCAGCUUCACCUCCUGCACCACACCACGCAAAAUCAUCAGCAAGAUCAAGUUAAUAACCGAGUACAAGACACAUACCAGCAAUCACAGCAGCAUCCUGGACGACCAAGCCACGUCUACCCGCUGACAGCAUCGACUCCCCCACUGCGAUGACCUCCACUGCCAGCCAAGCACAGUAUUUAGCAGCAGUAUCAAGACCUUUUAAACUUGAAAUACAGACCUCCGAAGGUGCGGAGCGUCUCGGCACACUUUGUCGUGUCUUCUUCCGACAGUAGUCGGCACCUUCAAUACAAGACGCUCAUAAACCUUGCUUCAUUCUUCCUUAA